AUGAAGACCAGACGAGCUGGACAUCGGGGAGUUCUUACAAAGUUACUGAAGAAAGUGGAACCGAGUUCCGAGGAACUUUUGCAGGAAUAUGACGUUAGUGAACUUUCAACCAUUCGAGGACUUAUUGUGAAGAAGCAGGAAACGAUCGAUCAACUGAACGAGAAGAUUGUGGAGGAACUAUCGGAAGAGGAAGUGAGCGAAGAAAUAGAGGAAGCCGACAGAUACACAUAUGACAUAGAAAUGAGUGUAACUAAAGUUUCAAAAAUCAUUAAGGAAUCGGAAAUCACAGUCAAACAGUCAACGUUUAGACGAUUCGUUAGUAGGAGAGGAAUUCCGAGUACUGUGUAUUCCGAUAAUGCACCAACCUUUGUUUCCGCCUCACAUGACAUUCCGAAGGAAAUGAAAAUUCAAAUUAAUUGGAAAUUUAUCCCGAAAGCAGCACCGUGGUACGGUGGAUGGUGGGAGAGACUAGUUGGAAUUACGAAAACAACAUUGAAAAAAGUGCUCGGAAAAUCACAAGUAAAUUCUGACGUAUUACGAACAACUUUGAUAGAAAUUGAACGUGUAAUCAACGAUCGUCCGAUUACGUAUGUAUCGUCCGACAUCCGAGAUCCAGAGCCGCUUACGCCGUCACAUCUACUGCAGGGAAGAAGAUUAUCGCAAGACAACAAUUCUGAUUCAGAGGACAAUAAUUUUAAUUUAGAUUUCACAGAGGCAAACAAACGUUUUAACCAUAAAGUAACUUUGAUUGAACACUUUACAAAACAAUGGAGAAUGGAAUACCUCACCGGAUUACGAGAAUUUCAUCGCGUCGCCGGAGACCAAAGCGCACAUGUGAAAAUCGGUUCCGUCGUACAAAUCAUGGACAAUUCACCGAGAAUGAUGUGGAAACUAGCAGUUAUAAAAGAUUUGAUCACCGGGAAGAAUGGAGUCGUAAGAGCAGUCAAACUACGUACACCAAAUGGACUGAUUACCACGAGACCAAUUGUGAAACUGGUGCCACUGGAAAUAUGA